AGCCGGGAGAGUGAAGAAGCGGAUAUUGAGCAUCCUCAAAUAACACUGAAACGAGACCAAGACAAUGGAUCGUUAUUAAGACUACUCCAGUGAAUUACAUUGGCUUGUCACGGGGUAAGCAUGUACCCUGAUGAGUGGAGCAGGAAUCGGCAGGGGAGAGAGAGAGCUGUGAUCACCAAUUUCAGCUUCAGCCAGCAGUCAGAGGAAGAGAGGACAGAGACAAUGAAACCUCACCGUGCUCAUGGCUCUGAGGAAUCUGUUCCUGAUGACCGGCAUCAUGGCAUCUACUUUGCCAUGUUAUUGGCUGGUGUCGGCUUUCUACUGCCAUACAAUAGCUUUAUCACAGAUGUGGACUACCUCCACCGCAAAUUCACAGGCACCUCUAUUGUGUUCGACAUGAGUUUAACAUAUAUAUUGGUGGCGCUUGGUGCUGUCAUUGUGAACAACAUACUAGUGGAGAGAGUGAGCUUACACACUCGCAUCUGUGUAGGAUAUCUCUUCGCAUUGGGACCUCUGGUGUUUGUGAGCGUAUGCGACAUUUGGUUGGAGCUGUUUGACACUCAGCAGUCAUAUGCUCUUACUCUGAUCGCAGUGGCCAUUGUUGCAUUUGGAUGCACAGUGCAGCAGUCCAGUUUCUAUGGAUACACAGGGAUGCUGCCCAAGAAGUACACACAGGGCAUGAUGACUGGAGAGAGCACUGCAGGAGUAAUCGUUUCUCUGAGUCGCAUUUUUACAAAGCUGUUGGUGGAGAACGAGAAGAGCAACACCAUCAUCUUCUUCCUGUUCUCUAUCUCAAUAGAGACGCUCUGUUUUCUGUUACAUGUGGUGGUGCGGCAAACCCACUUCGUCCGAUAUCACACCGACCGAGUUCGCCAUACCUGGUUCAAAGGACAGAUUAAUCAUGCUUCAACCCAAAAGCACAGCGACUAUCAGAUAUAUUAUGACAGCAGUGCAGACGAAGAGGAUGGAAUGACAUUAAGCACAGUUGAUGAGGCUGAUGCAGUUAAUUUGAGUACUAGUUCCAAUGGAGAUGGAAUAUAUGUCAGAUUUGAUGUCCCUAAACCAGACACCAGAAGGACAUGGAUCAGUGUAAAGGAGCUGCUGGGUCGGAGGUGUGCUGUUGCCAGAUUGAUCUGGCCCUAUAUGCUGUCAAUCUCAAUGACAUAUUUUGUUACAAUGUGCCUGUUUCCUGGUUUGGAGUCAGAGUUACAUAACGAUACACUGGGCGAAUGGCUGCCUAUUCUCACCAUGGCUCUGUUCAACAUAGCAGACUUUGUGGGCAAGAUCUUGGCAGCGUGUCCUUAUGAGUGUGGUGGUGUGCAGCUGCUGGUGUGUUCCUGUUUGCGCGUUCUCUUCCUGCCCCUGUUUGUGAUGUGUGUGUCGCCUGUGCAACACCCCAUGCUGAUUCACCCCAUCUGGCCCUGCUGCCUGUCUUUGCUGCUGGGCAUCAGUAAUGGAUACCUGGGCUCAGUGCCGAUGAUACAGGCAGCUGGCAAAGUGCAACUGCAACAGCGAGAAGUAGCGGGGAACACCAUGACUGUAUCUUACAUGGCUGGACUGAUGCUCGGGUCUGCAGUGUCCUACUCAACGUAUAGUCUGACCUCACAGGCACACUCUACUCACACUCUGAAACUCAACAGCACACUCACAUUACAUAGCUAUAUGCCUGGACACUGAGCGUUCUCUCAUACACUCUUGCACAAAUAUUUAGUUGACGAUAAUGUAUGGAAAAAGAUCAGCAGACCAGAAUUUCCACGCUGGUCCAGGGUAGUUUAUGCUAGUUAGUUUGGUGCUUGUCUUGCUGGAUGACCAGCAUGGUCUUUCUGGUGAAACUGGCUGACAAAGGAAGUAUUGCUGUUUAAAGUCCCCAUGAAAUCUUCGUUCCUGUUUUGACAUAGUUCCCAGGGAUGUGCAUGAUUACCAUUUGUAAUAUUUUGAUAUCAUAUACGGUUAUUCAUUUAUUUGUUGUGUGUCAGAAAUAAUGAAUAUUGAUUGCAAUAGAUAGGCUAUGUGUCAAAACUACUCACAGUGAGCUAUAAGCUUAAAUAGCACAAUACAAAGAUCUAUAAAUGAUCAAAUUAAAGUACUUUUUUUUAUUUUACUGUCACUGACUGUAACAUAAUAUUCUUUACCAACAGAAAGUACUUAUGCGGCAAAACUCAUAUGUGGUUUACAGGGUCACAUUUCCGUGAGACAGCAAACGCUAGUGUUGUCAUGAGAGUAGAAUUAUCCAGCUGCGAUUUUAAAGCCUCUUUGGAAUGCUUUGAUAUUUAAAUGGUUUAACAUUACACUUGUUGAUUUAUUGUAAGUAUGCACACCAGAACAAAGGAGAAAAAACACUACAGUGUUUCCCCUAUAUGCAUUUUGCAGCAGCACUGCACCUCUGCUGAAUUAUGAGUGCCACUGUUGGGAUUUCACAUGGUUCAUUUAAUAUUCUUGAUGCAACACAACGCAUGCCAGCCCCAAUAAGCUGUGUGCUUUCUACACUUCGAAAGGGACCCCACCACACACACACAAAUACACGCACUUACUCACAGUGACAUCACCGCAUAACAACACGUGUCAAACUCUCUUAAUUUCCUGUGGCCCAUAAGCUCAUUUCUGAAAUGUAGGAUGGCAGGGGAUUGCAAUGUUUCACUGAACAAUCAGUUAGCGCUUUCCAUGUGAAUAUUAAUGAGCCUUCCCCUGUCACCUGUAUGUUUUGGGGUGCAUUUUGCAGUGCUACACGGGUCAAUUGUCAACACGGCUUAAUCACAGCAGCACGAGGGCAGAGCAGGUGCGGUAAUUCGCGGACUGGUCUCAACCAAACAACAAACUAUUUUAAAUGUUCGGCGAGGAUCGCAAAACCCGUUUGAAUGCGGUACAGAAUUGUCUCUGGCUAAACUCUUAUGUCUCGAUGAUGAAACUAGUUUAAAAUAAACAGCCCCCACAUUCUAAACGGCAUUGAUAAAGAAAACAGGCGAAAACAUAAUUGGAAGGCUUUUCAAUUCUCAGUUCACAACACUUACAAAAAUGUACUAUAUUAACUAUGGUAGUUGUGGCAGAAAAUGUUUCUACAUGUAUUUAGACUGCUGUUUUUUCCAUUACAAAAAUGUCAUAGUUCUUCAUAUAGAAACCAUAGUUACUAAUCAUGGUAAUGAGGAGCCAUGUGUGGUUUUACCUAUGCCAUGAUCUAUUACAAAUGCCAUUGUUAAUCUAUGGAUACUAUGGAAGAACUAUGGUGCAUUGUCAUAAUUAUGGACCAAGCUAUCAGUUUUCUAUUUGUUCUCUUGUAAUGCUCUCUGAUUAUAGGAAAAUGUACAUUGUUUUGUUUGUCUUCUUAAAUUCCAAGACAUGACUGUAGUUUAAUUAUUAGGACCCUGAUGAAAGGAAUCUGUAAAGAAGACACUCUUGGUCACUCUGUCAGAAUAUUUCAAUUUAGUCAUAUAAAAAUUUGGUGUAGUGUCAAAUGUGCAUACAAUUUUAUUUGUAUGGGUGCUACCAAAGCAGGUGCUGGUGCCACAUUUUCAAAGGGCCCUUAGAGCGCACAAAUAAACCUUGAUGUGGCCUUGGCUGAAAUUGAGUUUGACACCCCAGUUUUAAUUUAUUCUUUGACCAACACGCAUUAAUAUGGGUCCGGCGUUGUGGGCUUGAGAACGUGCGCACAACAGCACUGCUGCUGAAAAAAAUUCCUUGGGGAAACACUGCACUGGCUUACCACUUUAUCAAGUGCUGAAACUUUGCCGGGUGAAUCAUGUUUGAACAGUGUAACAGUCACACAAAGUCCUCUUGAACUCUGAACUUCUUCAGAACGUUGAGUCUUUGUGAAACCUGUGCUAGCUACAGUAGACACAGCGCAACUAAUGAAACAGAACUCUGGUUUCACAAGAUGUGUUUUAUAAGGAUUAUAAAUGUGUUUACAUUAAGUUAUUUUUAACUUAUACACUGUCUAAAAAAUGUGCCGGUCCUGCGUGAGAUGCUGAAAAAAACAGCAAGAUAUGGUGCAGUGGUCAAAGACGUCAAUCAUACGCUUGUUUACAUAGAAAAACAAUUGAAAAACAGCACAGACGCACGCAAAAUAGGUGUGAACAGCCCCUAACUCGCCCUAUACUUACCGAAACCCGGGUUGCAGAACUCUGUUUAACCAAAAUAUGAUAUUAGUAUUUAGAGUAGAGGCAUGUCAAAUGGUUAACCAAGUAACGACUAUUCAUGCACAUCCUUACAUUUUCCUAUUAAAACAGAAAGUUUGGGCGGAACAUAUCCAAAAGCCUUUAUGUCACAGCUGUGAACCAUGAUUUUCUACAUUCACAACAUAUGAUGACCAGCUGAUUUCUUCAGAUGGGAAGUUGACUCAAAUGAAAUGUAUCCAGAUAUUCAUUUGAAUAGGAUAUGAUUAUCUGGAAAACCAUUGGACCAUCAAUCAAAUUUACAUUUUACAUUUAUGCAUUUGGCAGACGCUUUUAUCCAAAGCGACUUACAGUGCACUUAUUACAGGGCCAAUCCCCCCGGAGCAACCUGGAGUUAAGUGCCUUGCUCAAGGACAUAAUGGUGGCAGCCAUGGGGAUCAAACCAGCGACCUUCUGAACAGUUCUGAUUAACAGUUAUGUGCUUUAGCCCACUACGCCACCACUCCGAAAUUGAUUUGUGGUAUACAAAUAUAAGUAAUAUUCUGGGAUCAGUACAAGUAAAGGUCAAUCAACAACAUUUGUGGCACUCUUUUUUUUAAAGAAACGUGGAGAUGGGUCGAAAUUAUAAUUUGUUUUGUAAUCAAUAUUAUGCCACAAAUGCUGUUGAUGCUGUUGAGUUUAACUUGUAUUGAAACCGGAAUAUUCCUUUAAAUGUAUAGCCACCUGUCAUGUGUGAUUUAAGAUAGUAUGACACAUACCAUGGUCUCUGUCAUGACUCUAAUUUACAAUUGGGUGAUGUUGUCUUGUUGGUGUUGUGUUUUAAUUUACAGUCACCACUUUCAUCUGUUUUAACUUCCUAGAAGUAUUUAAAAAAAAAAAGGUUUGAAAAGGGAUAGUUUCACUAUUCCCACACUGUAAAAAAUUGCCAAGAUUUUACAGUAAUUUCUUACAAUUAAAUACUGUUUUCAAUAUUUUACUGUAAACUCAUUGCAGGCUGUGUCAUUUUCUUUCCAACUCAAAAAAUUACUGUGAAAAAAUAAAUUUGAGUAUCGCACUGCACUAUGGGGAAAAUUGUGUUUUGUCACCAAUAUGGUGUUUAGUGUGCCCUUUGGAUGGGACCUUAUCUUAUUAUUAUUUUCUAAUAAAAUUUCUCCCAGUUGGUGCAACUGUUUUUAA